AUGGAGCAACUCACUGCUUCGGUCCAGGCCUUUGGCCUCAACGAGGUCCCCCAGCUGUCUAAGCUGGCCACAUUCCCUACAUACAACCAGGUCGACAUCUACCGCGCUCACAUUGCCGAGCUACUCGCACCCAUCACUGGCGUCGCUGCCGAGCAAAUCUACCCUCUGCUGCAAUGGACUCAGGUUCUGGAAUACGGCGAUCUGAUGCUGCCCGUCCCUGCUCUGCGCAUCAAGGGCAAGAAGCCCGACGCUCUUGCCGUCGAGAUCAAGGAGAAGUUCCCUGAAUCCCCCCUCAUCCUCCCUCCCGUCGCCGAAAAGACCUUUGUCCGUUUCUUCUUCAAGACAGACCCUCUCGCCAAGCUCGUCCUCCCUUCGAUCCUCAAGAACACCACCAAGUACGGUUUCAACCCCAACCUCGGUCUUCACGACCCCAAGGACCCCAACUCGGGAAAGAAGAAGAUGAUCGUCGAGUUCUCGUCGCCCAACAUCGCCAAGCCUUUCCACGCCGGUCACUUGCGUUCGACCAUCAUUGGAGGUUUCUUGAGUAACUUGUACGAGGCUGCUGGCUGGGAUGUUACCCGUAUGAACUACCUUGGUGAUUGGGGCAAGCAGUACGGUGUUCUGGCCAUUGGUUUCGAAAAGUUUGGAAGCGAUGAGGCUCUUGAAGCCAACCCCAUCGGUCACCUGUACGAGGUCUACGUCAAGGUCAGCGCCAUUGCACACGACGAGGCUGAGCAAGUCAAGGCUCUCAAGGCACAAGUUGUUGAGCUCGAGGCCAAGAACGAGUCGGUCGUUGAGCAGCAGGCCAAGAUUGAGCGUAUCGAGAAGGAGGGUAUCGACCAACAAGCCCGUGACUACUUCAAGCGCAUGGCCGACGGCGAGAAGGAUGCUCUGGGUAUCUGGGCUCGUUUCCGUGACCUCUCGAUUGUCAAGUACAAGCAGACAUACGCUCGUCUCAACAUCCACUACGACGACUACUCUGGUGAGUCGCAGGUGCAGAACGAGAGCAUGGAGACUGCUGCCAGGGUUCUGGCCGAGAAGGGCGUCAGCGAGGAGAGUGAGGGCGCUGUCCUCGUCGACCUGACCAAGUACCAGAAGAAGCUCGGCAAGGCUUUGGUCAAGAAGAGAGACGGCACCACCCUCUACCUCACCCGUGAUAUCGGUGCUGCUGUCGAGCGUCACCAGAAGUACAAGUUUGACAAGAUGAUCUAUGUUGUUGCAAUGCAGCAAGACUUGCACUUGUCUCAAUUGUUCAAGAUUCUCGAGGUCAUGGGCGAUGAGUACACCGAGGUGUCCAAGAAGUGCCAACAUGUCAAUUUCGGUAUGGUUUUGGGUAUGUCUACUCGUAAGGGUACUGCCAAGUUCCUCGACGACAUUCUCCGUGAUGUCGGUGAGAAGAUGCACGAUGUCAUGAGAAGCAACGAGGGCAAGUACGUGCAGGUAGAGAACCCUGAGCAAACUGCCGACACUCUCGGUAUCUCAGCCGUCAUGGUACAAGACAUGAGCGGCAAGCGUAUCAACAACUACGAAUUCGACAUCAACCGCAUGACCUCAUUCGAGGGAGACACUGGCCCUUACCUCCAAUACGCACACGCCCGUCUCUGCUCGAUUGCUCGCAAGGCAGAGUUCACACACGAGCAGCUCGAGACAGCCGACUGGUCUUUGCUGAGCGAGAAGCACGCUGUGGAUGUUAUCCGUUCGCUGGCACAAUGGCCCGACACAUUUACAAACACCAUCAAGACACAAGAACCUAUCACGGUGUUGACAUAUCUUUUCAAGAUGACACACAUGCUGAGCAGUUCUUACGAGCAGCUCAAUGUGAUGAAGGCCGAGCCCGAGGUCAAGAAGGCUCGUGCGGCACUUUACGAGUGCGCUCGCCAGGUCUUGUACAACGGUAUGAGAUUGUUGGGUCUCAGCCCUGUUGAGCGUAUGUAA